AUGAUUUUUACUAGUGAACCAAUUGAAGUUAAAGAAGAUGCCACAGAAACGCUUGUACUUGCACUCGAUGCAUUCAUUCAACAGUUUCGUGCUAAGUUAAGCUUUACUACUGACGGUCUCUCAUUUGAAGGGAGUGCUCAUCGCACAGCAACUGGUAUAGCUGAUUUAGGUAGUGCUCAUUUACUUGCUAGUAAACAUAUAACUUCUGCUAGGUUUGCUCUUAUUGUUGAUUUGGAUUAUGAUAACAUUGCUCAAUCAGAACAAAGUAUGCAACAAUUUUUGUUGGCCUUUGUCGAUGCUGUUGCUCAAGAUCUUUCCUGUGAAAAUGAUUUUGUUCGUGUCACAUUUGUCGAGAGAUCAAAGAAGCGUGAACGAAAGGCUGAAGUCAAUUUGAGUCGUCCAUUCAAUACUAUGGCACGUUUUCGAGCAGUUCGGAAUGAAACAAAUUAUUCAAAUGAUUUUACUAGUGAACCAAUUGAAGUUAAAGAAGAUGCCACAGAAACGCUUGUACUUGCACUCGAUGCAUUCAUUCAACAGUUUGGUGCUAAGUUAAGUUUUACUACUGAAGGUCUCUCAUUUGAAGGGAGUGCUCAUCGCACAGCAACUGGUAUAGCUGAUUUAGGUAGUGCUCAUUUACUUGCUAGUGAACAUAUAACUUCUGCUAAGUUUGCUCUUAUUGUUGAUUUGGAUUAUGAUAACAUUGCUCAAUCAAAACAAAGUAUGCAACAAUUUUUGUUGGCCUUUGUCGAUGCUGUUGCUCAAGAUCUUUCCUGUGAAAAUGAUUUUGUUCGUGUCACAUCUGUCGAGAGAUCAAAGAAGCGUGAACGAAAAGCUGAAUGGACGCCAAUUUUAUCGUAUUUACAGCUUCAGCCAUUUGAUUUCGAUCCAAAACACAAUUAUGAUUAUACAAAACCAGAUGUACCUGCAGAAUUGAUGCGUGGCGAUCUUCCGUACUAUUUACCAAUCGGUUGGUUUCGUCAUGCACUCAAAGUCGAUAAUAAAUAUAAGGAUGGUUCAGCUUGGCUUGGCUCUAGCAAUGGUCCAGGAGAAUGGCCAGUCGUUUUCCACGGUACGAAAUCAAAAGCAGUAAAAGGCAUUACAGAUCAAGGUUUGCUAGUCAGUAGCGUCAAAACAGAUCUUAUGAGUCAUGAAGCAAUGCAACAGAAAGGUGAAGAAGUAAAUCGACCUGGAUUGAAUGUAGCGACACACUGUAACGGCGGAUCUCAUCCUUUUUUAUACGGAAACGUUCGAAGUAAAAACAUCACCGGAAAAAACCGAUGGAUUUCAAGUUGUUUUCCAAUGUCGGGUGAGACCUAA